GCAACUUUAGGGAGGAGCGAGAGUGGGAGCAGCAAAAAUGAGGAGAAAGAUACCGAAGGUUUCGGAGAUCCAAACGAGAAUCGAUGGCCGGUCGUGCCCGUUGAGCCGGGGUAGAGUAAAAAAUUGUCGGAUUCCUUUGAUUGAUGUCUUCGUCGAAUGAAAUUGUGAGGAAGGGUGUCAAUAGUCGUGUCAGAACACCUGGAUUGUAACCAAUCAGCGAGCUACAAAGUGACGUUGACGAAUGCGUAUCUAUCGUAGAACAAAACGAUCGUUUCCUAUUAUUGGGAUCCUUCACAACGGCGUAUAUUUAUGAUGUCUUGCAGCGCAAUGGGGGAUCCAAAAGAAUGAAAGGAAUGUCCCUGUCAAAAAGAACAUGAACACCGGUGUGGAGGUAAGUACCGCUAGUCUCUUCGAAUAGGCCAGACUUUGCUACGUAGCCGCAACGGAGGCUUUGUGACAAUAUGUACGGUGUCCCUAUCGAGAUGAAGAGAUCUAGUUAUGGAUGCAUCCCGUUCCGUGAGUUGGCGCAAUCCUAGCAACCUACGAGGCAUCUCUUGAAAAGUAGUAUGGACAGGUCACUCUAGCAGAUAGAAAGUCGCAAUGCGGGCAGAUACUCAGUUUUUGUCUGAAAGGGCUUGUUGUGGAAUGGGAUCUCGGAAUGAUUUUGAGUUUGUAGCGUUGGAAGCGUUGACAAGUGAAAAUGAUAGUGUCGGAUAGCGAUAACACUUCAGAGAGAAGUGUCUCCACGCAAUGCUUUUCUUGUCAUGAUUGUCGAUCCGUUCGGGACGGGAUAUCCCUCUCGACGGGCUGCUUACUUCCAGUCGAAACCAGGCGAUUGUGAUGCCUCUCCAAAAAUACUACCUACUUUUCUUGAAGUCACGUUAAGGAACGGGUUUAGGGAACAAAUCCAUACCCUUCUUGAUGUCAUCCUUUAUCUCAUUCUCCACCUUGUUUCAUUCUUCCAUCCUUUUGACGGUGACUUGCUGGUGUUAUUGCCGAAACAGCUCUCCAGUACAGCUGCAUCAUGCCAGAGUUCUUUGCCGACAACGUUCCGGAGACUAUUCCGUACAAGGGUCCAACGUCGAAAGAUCCUUUUUCCUUUCGUCACUACAACCCUGACGAGAGUAUCCUUGGCAAGCCCAUGAAGGAAUGGUUGCGUUUCAGUGUAUGCUUUUGGCAUACGCUCGUGGGUGGCGGCGGGCAGGAUCCUUUCGGAGCAAAAACUUUGCGACGACCUUGGGAAGACGGCAUCGACGAUGCCCUGGAGCUGGCCAAAAGGAGCAUCGACGUGGCGUUCGAGAUCUUUACCAUUCUUGGAGUCGAGUACUACACCUUUCACGAUUUCGACGUGGCGCCGGAAAUGGCCACGCUCAAGGAAUCGCAAAAAGCACUCGAGGAUGUUGGCGACUACCUACUGAAAAAACAAAACGAGUCGGGUGUCCGGCUUUUGUGGGCGACACAGAAUCUCUUUGCUCAUCCGCGUUAUAUGCAUGGUGCCCUGACGAAUCCGGAUGUACACGUCUUCUGCUACGCCGCGGCGCAAAUUCAGAAUAUUAUGGACUUGAACGCCAAACUCGGCGGGGCCAACCACGUCUUUUGGGGCGGCCGCGAAGGCUACCAAACCCUCUUGAAUACGGACGUCAAACAAGAGUGCGAUCACGCAGCCGCCAUGUUUCGCAUGGCCAUUGAUUACAAAGCCCGCAAAAACUACACGGCCCAGUUCUUGCUCGAACCCAAACCGCGGGAGCCCACCAAGCAUCAGUACGAUUACGACGCCCAAACAACUAUGGCGUUCUUGCACGAAUACGGGUUACAGGAUCAAUUUCUGCUGAAUAUUGAACCGAAUCACACGACAUUGGCAGGACACGCUCCCGAACACGACGUGGUCGUGGCCAGUGCCUACAACAUGCUCGGUAGCAUUGAUUCCAAUACCGGUGAUACCCUGGUCGGCUGGGAUACCGACCAAUUUCCAAUGAAUUUGCAAGACACGACGGCCAUUAUGAGUGUCGUCCUGAAACAGGGAGGUUUCCAAAAGGGGGGAUUGAAUUUUGAUUGCAAGGUGCGACGUGAAAGUGUGGAUCCGGAAGAUAUCAUUCUCGGUCACGUGGCGGCCAUGGAUUGCUACGCUCUAGGUCUACGCAAGGCUGCCGCAAUGCAGCAAGCCGGCGAGCUUGAUAGUAUGCUCCAGGCUCGCUACGCUUCCUGGCAAACGGGAAGUCUGGGUAGAAAAAUAAGCAAUGGUCAGGCCACCUUGGAAGAAUGCGCCGAGUACGCCAAAGAGAAGGGAGAGCCGGUUUUACAGUCCGGGAAACAGGAAAUGUUUGAAAUGGUUCGCAAUCGUUAUCUAUAUCCCGGCAAUUAGACAAAGGACGGAGUUCAUCCAUUCGAAAGCACUACCGUAUAAAACUCAAUAGCCAGAAUAAUGUUGUUUUUG